AUGGCUGCUGCGUUUCCGACGCGAGCCUCGACCUCAAACUCAACUCUGAUUCCUACAGUCGCCCGAGACGCAGAUUCCCGUGACGCUCAUUGCCUCCGUGUCGACUCGGGAGGACAUUCGACGCCCAUCCUCACCCCGUCGCAGUCGAGCAACGGCCAACCCGACACCGAUUCGAAUCCGGACUUUGCUGACGACUGGCACCCAUCACCUGCGACUAGCAAUCCUGGUGGAUACGUGGGACCCACGCGCCGCCCAUCCAGCCUCAACCUCGAAUUCGACCGCGACCGCAACCGCGACCGCAACCGCGACAUUGACCGGCACGCCGGCGAGGUCAUCGACGGGGCGCCGACAAUCAAUCGAUCGAUACGCGAGGAGGGAUUCGCAGAAAUGUCGACAUGGGCGGGGCAGCCCCAUAUCAAGGGGAGCUCCGAGGCGAUGCGCAUGGUUCUCCUGACCUUCAACGCCAUCGGCAUCACCUUCACAUGGGGAGUGGAGAUGACCUAUUGCACACCAUAUCUCCUGAACCUUGGCCUCACCAAGAGCAAUACUUCGCUGGUGUGGAUUGCUGGGCCUCUGUCGGGACUCAUUGUUCAGCCUAUUGUUGGCGUCAUUGCUGAUCAGUCCACCUCAAAAUGGGGUCGCCGACGUCCUUUCAUCGUCAUGGGCUCGAUGAUUGCCGCCUUGAGCAUGAUCGUUCUGGGCUUUACCCAGGAAAUUGUGGGCUUUUUCGUUGCUGACGAGAAGUCUGCCCGCGGCUUCACGAUAACGCUUGCCGUCCUGGCAAUCUAUGCCGUCGACUUUGCUAUCAAUGCCGCCAGCAGAAUGUCCGCCAUGGGCCACAUGAUGGGGUAUGGAGCGGGCGCCAUCGACCUCGUAGGUAUGUUGGGGACGACGCUUGGAGACACGCAGUUUAAGCAACUGACCCUGAUCGCCACCUUCUUCAUACUCUUCUCCUCGGGCGUGUCCUGCUGGGCCGUCACCGAGAGGGUGCUCAUCUCAACCCGACCAGACUCUCGCAAGCCUGUCGGCCGUUUCAAGGUCUUCAGCCAGAUCUGGUCCACGCUGCUCAACCUGCCCCCACGUAUCCAGGCCAUCUGCUGGGCACAGUUCUGGGCGUGGAUUGGCUGGUUCCCCUUUCUCUUCUACAGCGCGACCUGGGUCGGCGAGACGUAUUUCCGCUACGAUGCGCCCGAGGAGGCAAAGAACUCCAAAGACAUGCUCGGCGAUGUCGGUCGCAUCGGCAGUACCGCCCUCGUCAUCUACUCCACCGUUACCCUCAUUGGCGCCUGGCUCCUGCCCAUGAUCACAAAGUCACCAGACGACGAGAAGUACACGGCCCGCCCGCCCCAAGGGCUGGCUACCCUCGCAGAAAAGUUCAGCAAGCGCAAGCCCGACCUCAUGACCGUCUGGAUGGCCGGCCACCUCAUGUUUGCGAGCGCCAUGUUCAUGGCUCCCUUCGCCGCCAGUUUCCGAUUUGCCACUUUCCUCGUCGUCAUCUGCGGACUCCCUUGGACCAUUGCCAUGUGGGCGCCCGUCACCUUUCUCGGCGUCGAGGUCAACAAGCUCAGCGGCGCCACCGAGGCUGGCGGCCCAGCCUACCGCCGCCUGUCCAACGCCGAUGACAUUGAGCUGCCAGCCAUCAGCGCAGACCACGCUCUGCAUCUGGAGCACGGGUCUGACACGCCCGGCGCCUCAUCGUCAACGGGCGAACUGUCGGGCAUCUAUUUCGGUAUCCUCAACAUUUACUCAACGUUGCCGCAGUUUAUUGGUACCUUCAUCAGCACCAUCGUCUUUACGAUCCUCGAGCCCGGCAAGAGCCCUGAGCUUGCCAAGGGGGCCGAUCCCGCUGAGCAUCAUGACACUGACGGGCCCAACGCCAUUGCCGUAUGUCUCUUCAUCGGCGCCAUCUCUGCGCUCGGCGCCGCAUACGCCACGUCGAGGUUGCGAUAUCUGUGA